UAAAACUAACAGAACAAACUUUUAAUAAAAUAUAUAUUAUUUUAGCUCCCUUCAUUGGGAAUAUAAUGAGCGAGUGAGUAAAAAUGCGCUAGUCAACCAAAAUGAGCUAGUGAGCCAAAAUGAGCCAUAUAGAAGGAACUGGCUCACUGCCUCAGUUCAGUGAGCCAUUCAUUUUAGCUCACUCACUCAUGAGCUACCCAAGUCUAAUAUACACGCGUUGUGCUCAAAAUUUUCUUAAAAUAUGAAAUAAAUACAAAUGCGGCAUUUUAGUGACAACAUUUAACGCUACUUAAGCGUGCCGCUUUUGAGUUAGACAAAUAAAAAUCAAGGAACCUAAUAAUUUGACAAUUUCAUAAGGCAGGCGAUCGACAUACCAUUGAAAAUUGUAGAUUCAAUUGAACCUAAUUACACAAAUAACUUUAUUUAGCUGUGCAGCACUCAUAAAAUAACGUGAUAACUAUCGAGAGUGUCUACCGCAUUUGCUAAGCAUUUGUUUGAGCUCAAUAUACAAGAGGAAGCGGAAGUGUAAACGUGCAACGGAAGCAAAAAGUUUUCAACAGGAACUGAAAAAUACAAAUAUAGAACACAGUUCACAGUUCACAGCUAAAAAAGGGUGUUAAGAGCAAAAAAAAUAAAAAAUAAAAAUAAAAUAAAUAAAAUAUAAAGAAAAAAAAAACAAGAUUAAAUUAAAACUUUUACAGAGGAAAAAAGGCGAAUGCAGUAAAAUGUUAAAAUACGCAUUUUCCGCCGUGUUUAAGGAUGUCCGUAUUAAUGCCGGACGCUGUGCUAUCAUCUCAGACCCCGGAAAGGUUGCGGGCUGAGCAGCAAAAAGUGGGAUUCUUAAAGAAAAAAGAAAAACAAACAUGUGAAGAAGAAUUUGUUGAAAACUCAAGUGAAAAAAACCUUAAAUAUAUAUAUAUAUAUAUAUAUUGCGACAAACAAUAUCCCAAUGCAAUGGCGCCACAGUGAACAACUCAUAUCAAUAGCUAAAAUGAUGCAGAGUAUUUUUACUUAAAAAGAGUGUACAAAAUAAAACAAUUAGAAAUACGAAAUAUCCCAAGUACUAAAAAGUAUUUUCGGAGUAUAGUGAGAAAAGUAAUGGAUAAGCCAAGCAGCGUCAGUCCCAGUGAGUGUCGCGUUACCAGAUCGAGCAUGACGCCCACGUUGCGGCUGCAGCAAAGCCCCAGGCGUCAGCAGCAGCAGCAACAGCAACAACAGCAACAACAGCAACAACAGCAACAACAGCAACAACAGCAACAGUCAACAGAUGAACAAACGGAAAUCAAAGUCAAGUCACCGAAGCAGCAGUUAAUGCCGACGUUAACAUCAACGUCAGCGUCAACAUCAACGUCUACGCCGACGGCGACGCACCAUCAGUUUCGAGCGCCAGCACAACAACAACAAUCCACCAAGCACAAAAGCAGCAGCAGCAGCAGCGGCGGCGGUAGUAAGGCCUGGAGCAAACGCCAGCAUAAGACUAGCGGUAAAUACAAUGCCAGCGCCUGCGUCGGCGCCAGCGCUCAGCAGCAGCAUCAGCACCAUCACCAUCCUUAUGCCGCCCAUCACUCGGCGAACGGGAGCGGCGUCGCUGCCCAGGCAGCUGUCGGCGCCGGCGCCGGCUCGCUGCCAGCAUCGGGCGCUGCAGCUACUGCGGCCGCUGUUGCCGCCCACAAGGCCGAUCUGGAGAAUAUACAGAAUAUCAAAAAUCAAAUAGCUGGCAGCCACGCCCAUAGCGGCGUCCAUCAAUCCGGCGCACAUCACAGCGUAGCGGCUGGCUCCGCCGGCGUUGGCAGCGCUGCCAGCAGCGCCGCUCACCACCAUCAUCACAACCAUAAUACGCGGCUGGCGCAGACUGCGGCAGCGAUUGUAGGCAACGGCCUGCCCAUGGCACCGAUGGACGCCAAGCUGGGCGGGCACGGUCACGGUCACGGGCUGAAGGGUCAGCAGCAGCAGUACAAAAAGAUGCUGCCACACAGAGGUCAUCAUCAUCACGUGUUGUGCUCCGGCAACAAUGCGAAUCACACUUGCUGCCUGGUAACGGGCUGCAAUGGCAGCGUCGGCAGCGCAGCCGGCAAGGACACGCAAAGCAACAAGGACACCAGCUCGCUGAGCGGCAACAGCAGCAUCAACUCGGGCAGCGCUGCAGCAGCGAAUGCCGUGCACUACUGCUGCGGCCGUUCGAAGUUCUUUCUGUCCGAGAAGCGUUUGCGCAAGGAGGUGAUUGUGCCGCCCACAAAGUUUCUGCUGGGUGGCAACAUUUCGGAUCCGUUGAACUUGAAUUCGCUGCAGCACGAGAACACGUCGAAUGCGUCGUCUAGCAACAAUACGCCGGCGACGACGCCGCGUCAGUCGCCGAUAACGACGCCGCCGAAGGUGGAGGUGAUUAUACCACCGAAUAUACACGAUCCGUUGCAUCUGCUAGAUCCAGUUGAUUCGAUGGAAUACGAGAAGCAGCUGACGUCACCGAUGAAGCGGGGCGGCAUGCUGACUCGUGGUAGCCACUUGAAGCUGCAGCAGCAGCAGCAGCCGCAUCACCGGCAGCACAGGCAGCGCAAGAAUCGAAAGCGUCGGCGUUACGAUUCCAACAACACGUCGUAUGCCGGCGAUGACGUCGCAGUCAUCGUAGCCGAUGGCGUCGCUGAGGCGGCGACGCUUUCGAUUUCACUGGAAGAUGUGCCAGCAAAGGCGACAAAAACAGCAUCAGCAGCAGAAGCAGCAGCGACAGAGACACCCGACGCAACCGUCAAUGUCACAGCAACAUCAACCCCAACAAUAUUAACAGCAGCAACAAUUGCUGCCGUAACUGAAGCAGCAGUAAUAGCGACGACGGCUGCGACGUCACCAGUGGCUGCGCUGAGCGCCACAACUCUGCUGAGCGAGGCUGCAGCGUCGGCGUCGGUUGAAACGUCGGAAUUGGCACCACAGCAGGCGCAUGUGCGCUCUCGCUCUCCGCAGGCAGCGGCCACAGCCAUGGAGGAAACGGCAACGCCAGCUCUGGCAGCCGGAGCACAAACGCUCUCGCCACAGGAACAAAUGGAAUGCAACCUUAUGCGGCCGGCACCAGCGUUAACGUCAUCUCCUCUGCAACAAGCUCUGCCUCAGCAACAACUGCAACUUCAACUGCAACUGCAACAGCAGCUGCAACUACAACUGCAACAGCAACAUGUGGCCGCGGUAGCCGAGCUGCCCAGCAGCGACGACGGCAACACGCGCACAGCAGAUGGAGGCGGCAGCAACAUUAGCAUAAGCAGCAUAAAAAGCGGCUCAGAUGAUCUGGAGCUUAGCGCAGCAGCAACAGACGCUGCGACGUCGGCAGCGGCGCUCGCAGUAGCUUCCACGCUGGCCGAUCGACGUGCGCUGGCUAGUCGAGACUUACGCUUGGAUUUGGACAGCGCAUGUUACGGUGUUGGCGGCACAGGGCUGAGCUUUGCCGCAGGCAGCGCUGCCGGCUUUGGCAGCGGGAGCAGGAAACGAAAAAUCAGCGAGAGCAACAAUUCGCAAAAGAGCAAGAAAUUCCAUCGACACGAUGGCCUGGAUAAAAUUGUGAGUCCUGUGGUGCCACAGCCGGGCGCGUGGAAGCGGCCGCCACGUCUCCUGCAGCCAAGUGGGGCACGCAAGCCGAACACGCGGCGCUCGACAUCCUUUAGCGAAACGGAGCAGCUGAGUCCCGUGGAGGAGCUGUCCCACAAGCCGCUCGUCGAGGUUGUGGACAUACCACGCGACGAUACGCCCGAUCUGUCGGAGCAUGGUCUGGGCAGUCCCUUGAGCACCAUUUCCGCAGCCACAUCACACACGGCCGGGGAGCCGGACACGCCCUCGGCGGAUGAUGCAACGGCCUCGUCUACAGCAGUAGCCGCAACAGCGGGGACGACGGCGGCAAAUGAAGGUCAGCCCGUUGUUGGCCUGAUGCUGGAGCCUGCUUUGAUCCCGCCACUGCAUGCGGCGACGCCCAAGUUCCGGGCGGAUGGACUCAAAUAUCGCUAUGGCAACUUCGAUCGCUAUGUGGACUUUCGACACCUCAACGAGUUCCGGGACGUGCGACUGCAGGUCUUCGAGCAGCAUGUGGAACUGUUCCAGAACAAGGACAUUCUCGACAUUGGCUGCAAUGUGGGCCACAUGACCAUCACAGUGGCUCGACACCUGGCGCCCAAGAGCAUUUUGGGCAUCGAUAUCGAUCGCAAACUGAUUGCCCGAGCGCGACGGAACUUAUCGAUAUUUGUGCGCAUACCCGAGGAGGAUCGACUGGUGCCAGAGACUAAGCAGUUGCAGUCGCAGUCAAAGCCCGAUAAGGCGGAGCCAGGGGAUGGGCAUAAAAAGACGCGACGUGGCAAGAAGCGCCGCAAGGCGCAACAGCACCUGAAACAACUGCAACUGCAGCAGCAGCUGGCCCUGCAACACCUGCAACAAUUUCAUCACCACCACCACCAUCAUCAUCACCAUCAUCACAGUCACGAUCAUCAUCAUUUGGAGCAGCAACAGAAACUGGAUGCAUUGCUGGUCAAGCCACACGAAUUCUUUCCCAUUUCCUUCCCCCUAACAUACGGUGGCAUGCCCCACUUGCCGCCCACGGGAAAAUCGCCCCUCAACUUCAAUUGCAAAAACCAAUUUCCGCAAAAUGUUUUCUUUCGCCAAACGAACUAUGUCCUGAAGGACGAGUCCCUCAUGUCGAAUGACACUCAGCAAUACGAUCUCAUAUUGUGUCUAUCGGUCACCAAGUGGAUACAUCUGAACUUUGGGGACGCGGGCCUCAAACUGGCCUUCAAGCGUAUCUUCAAUCAACUGCGGCCCGGCGGCAAGCUCAUCCUCGAGGCGCAAAACUGGGCCAGCUAUAAAAAGAAGAAGAACCUAACGCCGGAAAUCUACAACAACUACAAAAAGAUCGAAUUCUUUCCCAACAAGUUCCACGAGUAUCUUCUAAGCCCGGAGGUGGGCUUCAGUCAUAGCUACACGCUGGGCGUGCCUAGGCAUAUGAAUAAGGGCUUUUGUCGACCCAUACAGUUGUAUGCCAAAGGCGACUACACGCCGAAUCAUGUGCGAUGGAGCGAUGCGUACUAUCCGCAGACACCGUAUGAGGCGUAUCGCGGCAUCUAUGCCACGCUGCCUGUCCAUCGAGCGGGUGGUGGGGGCAGCAGUGCGGGCGGGAGUCACGGAGGCCACGCCCAGCUGCAUUUGCUGAGCAGCUCGACGCGUUCGCAGAACUACGAUACGCCGCAGUAUGCGGGCAGCGCCUCAGGCUCUGCCAGCUGCCGGCAAACGCCGAUGUAUCAGCACACGUACAACCCGCUAGAAACGGACUCGUAUCAGCCCAGCUACGACAUGGAGUAUCUGAAUCACAUGUACGUCUUCGCCUCGCCGCUGUACCAGACCGUCUGGUCGCCGCCGGCCUCGUUGCGGAAGAGCUCAUCGCAUACGCCGGUGUUUGGCAGCGUACGGGAUGCGGAGCUGGACGGAGAUGUCAGCAUAAGCGGGGGAGGCAGUGGGGGAGGGAGCUAUCAUCGUCACGUUUAUCCACCCAAUGAUGACACCUGUUCACCGAAUGCGAAUGCAUGUAAUGCAUUCAAUUCCAUAAGAGAUGCAGACACGGAUGACUCGAAUCAGCUGCCCGGGGGCAGCAGACGGCAUGUGUAUGCCACGAAUUGUGGCGAGAGCAGCUCCUCGCCCCAGGUGAACCAUCAUGAGGCGAGCGUCGAGUUUGCCGAUGCCCUUAUGGACGAUGAGCAGAAGACGUUGGCUGUGGGCACCAGCGGAGGUGGAGGAGUGGGAGGAGGAACCGCUUACUGUGAUCUGUCGGAUGCCUAAAGUGCGUCUGGACGGUGGGCGAGAACGAAACACAUUGUGUCAAAACAAAUAGAAAAAAAAAAGCAAAAUUCAAAAAGUAUAUACACAUAAGUUAUGAAAUUUGGAAUAACGUUAAGGGGUGUAUUGCAGUAGUUCAUUUGAUUUUUCCAAUAUAUAAGGGCAUAUAUUUCUAUAUAAGUAUGUAUAUAUGUGAUAAAUCAAAUCAACAAUUGCCAUGCAUCGUUUUAGAUCAAUGUAAUCACGCAAACGAGACGCUUAUGAUUUUUUGUAAUAUACAAAUUGCAAAUCUAUAUAUAUAUAUAUAUAUUUUUAUAUAUAUUAACUUAAUGGCAGUACAUACAGUAGUACAUAUAUACAAGUGCAUAUACAUAUACAUAGAUAUAAUUGAAUAAAUAUAAACAUACAUAAAUAUUUAUCGUAAUCGUCGUAUAAAAAUUCGAUUUGCUUCUUCCUAAUCAAAAGUUUUUAUUUGUGAAAUUAUCAAUUGUUUUUCUUGUUGGCAGUUCAAAUCUAAAUUUAGAUUCUCAAUGUGAAUUCUUUAAGCAAUACCACACCCACACCCACAUCCACACACGCACACACAUGCAGACAGAAAAACACUAUAUGCAGUAGCUUUAUAAGCAAAUUUAAUGUGCUAUAGAUUAAUCAUAUAUACUUAUAUAUUUGUGAGAAAUAUCUGGAAUAAUAAACCGUAUAAAAUGUAA